CCUCUCGGGUUGUGACUCCAGCGCAGAAACUUAAAGGCGCCCUUUGCUCGCUGUCCCACUUGGCAGCAAAGCCUCUCCUAGCAGCGAAUGACCAUGUGUAACGGAGCGAGGCUGACCCUGCUAGUCUAUGGGAUCAUAAUGCACAGCAGCAUCUAUUGCUCACCUGCCGCCGCCGGACUUCGGUUCCCCGGGAUCAGGCCCGAGGAGGAGGCGUACGACGACGACGGAGCCCCGCUGCAGGACUUGUACGACUCGGACCCGCAGGGCGUGGGGAGCCCCGCCUCCGCGCUCUACCACCCCGCAGCCCGGAGAGAUGUUGCCCACGGGAUCCUUAACAAGGCCUACCGCAAAGUGCUGGACCAGCUGUCCGCCAGGAGGUACCUGCAGUCGCUCGUGGCCAAGGGCGUGGGUGGGAACCUGAGCGGCGGCGAGGACAACGACUCGGAGCCGCUCUCCAAGCGCCACUCGGACGGAAUCUUCACGGACAGCUACAGCCGCUACCGGAAACAAAUGGCUGUCAAGAAAUACUUGGCGGCUGUCCUAGGGAAAAGGUAUAAACAAAGGGUUAAAAACAAAGGACGUCGAAUAGCGUAUUUGUAGCGAAGAGUUACCAGCUACCCUGUGUAUACAACCCUGACACAAUGAAAAGUCGUUUUCCAAACCGACUGAAGUCAUCGCUCAUGUGUUCUAUCCAAACAUGUAUUUAUGUAUGAAGUAAAGCCAUUAAAUGAAUAUUUUGAUAAUAA